GCGCAUGCGCCGAGUCGUGACCGCGCAGUUGUUUGAGACGUUUGAAAGCGGGUGAAGUUCUCAUCACAUCUGGCCGCCGGUCGUUACAGCACUUCAACGAAAAGCACGGGCUACCAUGGAGUUAAAUGAUGCCAACCUCCAAACUCUGACUGAGUACUUGCGGAAAACACUAAACCCGGAUCCACUUGUCAGGCGUCCAGCUGAGAAGUUUCUAGAGUCAGUGGAGGGAAAUCAGAACUACCCACUUUUGCUACUGACCACACUAGAGAAGUCCCAGGAUGAGGUUAUCCGUGUCUGUGCUGCAGUCACCUUCAAGAACUACAUUAAGAGGAACUGGCGUAUAGUUGAAGAUGAACCAAACAAAAUUUCAGAUCCUGACCGGACAGCCAUCAAAGCCAACAUUGUAAAUUUGAUGCUAACAAGCCCAGAGCAAAUACAGAAGCAGUUGAGCGAUGCAAUCAGCAUCAUUGGACGAGAAGACUUCCCACAGAAGUGGCCCGACCUCCUGACGGAGAUGGUGACACGUUUCCAGAGUGGAGACUUCCACAUCAUCAAUGGGGUUCUCCGCACAGCUCAUUCACUUUUUAAAAGAUAUCGGCACGAGUUCAAGUCCAAUGAGCUGUGGCUGGAGAUCAAGUUGGUGUUGGACACUUUCGCCCAGCCUCUUACUGAGCUUUUUAAGGCCACAAUUGACCUGUGUCAAACUCAUGCUACGGAUGUAAAUGCCUUGAAAGUUCUCUUCUCCUCCCUUACACUCAUAUCAAAGCUGUUUUACAGUCUCAACUUCCAGGAUCUUCCAGAAUUUUUUGAGGACAACAUGGAGACUUGGAUGACACAUUUCCACAAUUUGUUAACCUUGGAUAAUAAACUUCUACAGACUGAUGAUGAGGAGGAGGCUGGUCUCCUGGAGCUGCUGAAAUCUCAGAUUUGUGAUAAUGCAGCGCUGUAUGCACAGAAGUAUGACGAGGAAUUUCAGCCCUACCUGCCUCGUUUUGUUACAGCCAUCUGGAACCUGCUGGUUACAACAGGCCAAGAGGUCAAAUAUGACUUGCUGGUGAGCAAUGCCAUUCAGUUCCUGGCAUCAGUGUGUGAAAGGCCACACUACAAGCAUCUGUUUGAAGACCAGAAUACACUAACCAGCAUCUGUGAAAAGGUCAUCGUCCCCAACAUGGAGUUCAGAAGUGCAGAUGAAGAAGCAUUUGAGGAUAAUUCAGAGGAGUAUAUAAUAAGAGACCUUGAAGGCUCAGACAUUGACACAAGGCGGCGAGCUGCAUGUGAUCUUGUGAGAGGCCUGUGCAGGUUCUUCGAGGGCCCUGUGACAGCCAUUUUCUCUGGUUAUGUUAACUCCAUGCUUACAGAGUAUGCCAAGAACCCUGCAGUGAACUGGAAGCAUAAGGAUGCAGCUAUCUACCUAGUCACAUCCCUGGCCUCCAAGGCCCAGACACAGAAGCAUGGGAUCACGCAAGCCAAUGAGUUAGUGAACUUAUCGGAGUUCUUUGUGAACCACAUUCUAACAGACCUGAGGUCUCCCAAUGUGAAUGAAUUUCCAGUCCUGAAAGCAGAUGCCAUCAAGUAUGUUAUGACCUUCAGAAGCCAGCUUCCCAAGGAGCAGCUGCUAGAGACAGUGCCUCUACUGGUGGCUCACCUACGGGCAGAGAGCACAGUGCAGCACACAUAUGCUGCUCAUGCCUUAGAGCGUCUCUUUACAAUGAGGGGAUCCAACAACUCCACACUUCUCUCUGCUGCUGAGAUUGCCCCUUUCACUGAGCAGCUCCUCAAUAACCUAUUCAAUGCUAUGGCGAUACCUGGCUCAUCGGAGAAUGAAUACAUAAUGAAAGCCAUCAUGAGAAGCUUCUCACUCCUACAGGAAACCAUUGUGCCCUACAUCCCUACUUUGAUUGGCCAGCUCACCCAGAAGCUCCUCCUUGUCAGCAAGAAUCCUAGCAAACCACAUUUCAACCACUACCUGUUUGAGUCACUGUGCCUGUCCAUCCGGAUCACCUGCAAGGCAAACCCAGUCAGUGUUGGCAGCUUUGAGGAGGCCCUCUUUCCUGUCUUCACAGAGAUCCUCCAGAGCGAUGUGCAAGAGUUUGUGCCAUACGUGUUCCAGGUUAUGUCUCUGCUGCUAGAGAUCCACACUAGCCCUAUCCCCUCUUCCUAUAUGGCCCUGUUCCCUCACCUGCUGCAGCCUGUUCUGUGGGAACGCACAGGCAACAUCCCCCCACUGGUCCGGCUGCUGCAGGCCUACCUGGAAAAAGGGGGAGCCACAAUCGCCAGCUCAGCUGCAGACAAGAUUCCUGGUCUGCUCGGAGUGUUCCAGAAGCUCAUUGCUUCCAAGGCCAACGACCAUCAGGGCUUCUACCUGCUUAACAGCAUAGUGGAGCAUAUGCCGCCGGAGUCUAUUACUCAGUAUAGGAAACAGAUCUUCAUCUUGCUGUUCCAGAGACUGCAGAGCUCCAAGACCACCAAGUUCAUAAAGAGUUUCUUAGUCUUCAUCAACCUCUACUGUGUGAAAUACGGGGCUAUUGCUUUGCAGGAGAUAUUUGAUGACAUCCAGCCAAAGAUGUUUGGCAUGGUGUUGGAGAAGAUAGUGAUCCCAGAAGUGCAGAAAGUAUCUGGGCAGGUAGAGAAGAAGAUCUGUGCAGUGGGCAUCACAAAGGUCCUGACUGAGUGCCCAGCCAUGAUGGACACUGAAUACACCAAACUCUGGCCUCUUGUGCUCCAGGCUCUGAUUGGUUUGUUUGAGUUGCCUGAAGAUGACAGUAUCCCUGAUGAUGAGCAUUUCAUUGACAUUGAGGACACACCGGGAUACCAGACGGCUUUCUCCCAGCUGGCCUUUGCUGGCAAGAAGGAGCAUGAUCCGAUAGGAGAUGCUGUCAGCAACCCCAAAAUUCUGCUAGCUCAGUCUCUGCACAAACUGUCUACAGCCUGCCCUGGGAGGGUUCCCUCCAUGCUGAGUACGAGUCUGAAUGCUGAGGCGCUCCAGUUCCUGCAGGGCUAUCUCCAGGCAGCUUCGGUCCAGCUGGUCUAAAGGAGGACUUUAGCUUUCUCUCCGUUUCGUCCCUGGAGUCUGACAAACCACAGGGGAAAGGAGAGUCACUGUUGAGAUUGGGACUGAUGUACCUGGACUACACAAACCAACAGACAACCAGUCGACUUGACAUCUCACACACAUAAGCAGCCACAGGGUUGCCCAAAUUUGCGCUGUCAUCUGUGAGAGGGUGUUUUAAAGAGUUCUAAAAAAAUGGAUUGUGUGUGAAAUAAUGGACCAAGCAGAGAAUAGCAAAGUUAUCCAAGUGGUUAUGUCCGUUUGGUGCCCAGUCAGCUACCAGUGUGCUGUGUUGGUUAUUUGCGGUUGAGCAGGGCUGCUUCAGCACUCGAUUUCUGAUCUAGCGCUUUAAUCCCUCUCCAUGAAUUUGUCAGUCGGCUGGCAUUUACAAUCCAGGAAGAACAAAUCUCCAUAACAUUGACAACAGUAUUGUUGGUGUGAAAUGACAAAAGACUUUGACAGAAAACGUUUUGACAGUACGAGUUGGCAGACAUUUGAUGUCUUUACAAAUCAAUGGGAAGCAGUCUGUAGUUUUUACUGUAUGAAUAAGGGCUGUCGUCGUGGCACUAAAAACAAAGCUCUUAGUUUUUCUCCCCUUCCCAUCCAUUCUCUGCCCCUGCCUCCAUUCCCUCCUUUUCCUUUUUUUUGUUGCAUGUAUCAGUGCUUUGUCUUCGUCCGGUCUUGGUUUUAAGGCCUUGUCUAAUUGUUAAUAAAGAGAUGCACUUG